AUGUUUCCUUCUGCUGCUGAGGGGACAACGCCAUCUGUGACCUUUCACCUACAUUGAGACGACGGCCGACGUUUUGGGAGGCUUUUCAGUUAAGUCGUAUUAACGAGAUGAAAACCAUGCAGGUGAUUUUCUUGACUCUUCUGGUUGUCUCGGUAACCAGCGCUCAGGUGUUGAAGUCCGGCAAGUGUCCCACACCAGAUGUUCAGGCCAACUUUGAUGCUUCCAAGUACCUUGAGAAAUGGUACGAGAUCAAGAAGCUGCCAAACCCCUUCCAAGUAGGCGAGUGCAGCACUGCCCUCUACAGCCUGAAGAGUCCUGGAGUCAUCGAGGUCCUCAACAGUGAGCUGCUUGACGAUGGAACCAUUAAUUCAGUUGUUGGCACUGCCACGGUCAAGAACUCCUCUGAUCCUGCCAAGCUGGAGGUCACCUUCUUUCAAGGAACCCCUCCCGGUCCCUACUGGGUGCUGUCCACAGACUACGAGGGUCACUCCCUGGUCUACGGCUGCACUGACUACGUCCUGUUCCACCUCGAGUACUCGUGGAUCCUCAGCAGAGAGCCCACUCUGCCCCAGGAGACCGUAGAGAAGCUGGAAGGCAUCUUGUCCUCCAUCGGAGUCGACGUGAACAAGAUGCUCCCCACCAAACAGGACGAGGUUUACUGCAGCGUCAUGCACCAGUAAACGGAGAUCCUCCCGCUUCAGCCUCUGCAGGACUGAGACGAGGCGACGUGGAUCCAUGAUGUGAUGACACACUGCUGUUUGCAGUGUGAGCUGCUUCACACUGUAGAUACGUCAUGCAAAGUUAUUGCAAUAAACAUGUAAAAGGAAAUGCAUGCUGCGGUGUUAUUUCUUCUUUAGAUUCACGGGCCUUA